AUGCGCCCAGGGUCGGAUCAGCAUGUAUCUUUCCAUCCGUGGAAUUGGGUGAAAUCAAUGGUCCCCUCCUUUCGGCAAGAGGGGGUGAAUGCCGCACCGUCAAAGGCUCCGGGCUGGAGUGCGAACUCGUGGAAUAAAUGGGCAGAGGCAAGAGAGACUGACUACAAAGACGUCAUGGAUAAAAAUGGCACAGGAAUGGCUAAGCUAACGGCAGCAAUUCACCACUACGGGCUGGGAUUCGUGAAAAACACCCCAGUUACCCCAGAAGCCACGGAGGAGCUGCUCGAGAGGAUUGGGCCUGUCCGAAAUACACAUUACGGAGGUUUCUACGACUUCGUACCUGACCUGGCUAAAGCUGAUACCGCGUACACGAACAUCGCACUCGGCGCCCACACGGACACGACAUAUUUCACGGAGCCGACUGGGCUUCAGGCCUUCCAUAUGCUCUCUCAUAUCCCCCCACCUGGUGAACCGAGCGAUGCAUUGGGUGGAGAGUCGCUGCUCUGCGACGGGUUCUACGCCGCAGAAAAGCUGCGUGAGAAGCAUCCUGAAUAUUUCAAGACACUUUGCGAGGUUAAGAUUCCUUGGCACGCAAGUGGAAACGAGGAUGUUGCCAUUGCUCCAGAUGCUACCUAUCCGGUUAUCGAAACAGAAAGUGGUUUGGACGGUCCGAUACGCCGGAUCCGUUGGAACAACUCGGACCGUGGUGUUGUCCCACUCGAAGCCGGUUUUGAUGUUGUGGAUAGAUGGUACGCUGCAGCACGUGAGAUGGACUCUAUUCUGAAAAGCAAAGAGAGCGAGUGCUGGUUCCAGCUCCAGCCUGGAACAGUUCUUGGUAGGUUGUAUCACUCUUCCAACUGGGAAGAGCAUGGGCAUGAAAAGGGAGAGGCUAAUGGGUCUCUCGCUAUAGUAUUUGAUAAUUGGAGAAUACUCCAUGGCAGGGCUGAGUUUAAAGGGCUUCGACGGAUGUGCGGCGCCUACAUUAACCGAGAUGACUUCGUGUCACGUUGGAAACUGUCUAACUACGAUCGCACAGAUGUGAUCUUACACAACAUGUGGCAGCAUAGAUAG